UUAGAAAGUUCUAAAAAAGAUCCUACGCUAUUAGAUCAAGAUUCAGAAGAGAUAAAAAACUGUAAAUUGUUGGAUUCAGACAUUUUUUUGAUAAGAUCGGUUUACUCUCUCAUGAAAAAUGAAUUACCAUUUGAAAAACUUGAUGCAAUUUUGGAACUUCAACGGUUAAAUUCAUUAAAUAUGCCAUACAGAAAUUUAAGCUGGACUACUAUUACAGAAAUUCAAAAUGUAAUUGCUGCUGGUUUAAAGAAAAAACUUGUUGAUAAGAUCAAUCAGUCUGAUUAUUUUGCAAUCUUAAUAGAUGAAAGUACUGAUAUCACUGUUUCCAAGAGACUUUCAAUUUGUGUGAGAUAUGUAGUCCAUGGUAGUGCAUAUACAUCUUUUCUUGGUAACUGCGAAUUACCAGAUGGUAAAGCUCAUACUAUAACUUUAGCUUUAAGUAAUUAUUUAAAGGAAUGUGAUGUUAACUUUUCAAAAUGUGUUUCACUUGCAACAGAUGGUGCAAGUGUCAUGAUGGGUAAAAAAAACUGGUGUUGGGGUACAGGUUCAAGCUAAAUUUGCCCCAUUUGUAAUACAAACUCAUUGUAUAGCACACAGAUUAAAUUUGGCAGUAACUGACUCUAUUAAACAAAUUGAACCACUAAAGAAACUGAAAGAAAAAUUUGCAAACCUUUACCAUUUCAUAUCUGCAUCAGGAAAUAGGACAUUUGCCUUAAAACAAAUGCAGGGGUUGUUAGACGAGCCUAAGCUGUCUGUUAAAGAACCAUAUUCCAUUCGUUGGCUGGGUCUUAAAAAUGCUGUUGAAGCCGUCUAUGAAUCAUAUGGAGCCAUACUUGCAACAUUGUCUAGCAUGGCCGAUGAAAAUUCUACAGCUAAAGGUUUAUACAAGUACUUUGCUUCAUAUAAAACGGCAUUACUUUUAGCUUUCAUGUUGGACGUUCAUACCAUCCUGGGUGUCCUAUGUUGUGAACUGCAGGCAAAGAACCUUAUUUUUAGUGAUGUUCCUCCCCUAAUAGACAGUACUGUGGAGAAGAUUGAGUCAAUGAAAUCAGAAGAGGGUAAUGGAUUAGUAGAGAUGAAAAACAGCAUUGUUGUGAAAGAUGAAAAGGCCUUUUAUAAAGGAGAUGAGCUUAAAUAUUAUAGCAAAGAUAUAGAAUCACAGUUUUCAAAUGUUAAAAAUAAUUAUUUGGAUAACUUGGCCAAAAAUAUUAAAAGAAGACUAAAAAGGAAUGAUAGUGACACUUUAAUAUACUUGAGUCAAGUCUUAGAACCAUCAACAGUAUGUCAUCUUCCUGCUGAUACCAGUAAAAGUGCUCUAGAAUGUUUGGGAAAUCAGUUUGGAGUUGAAAAAACAGUGAAACAAAUGGAAGGAGAUCUGAUUAUAGGGACAACAGAGACUGUCACCCAUGUUGAGCCAUUAUUAGACAAAACAAAACUUGAGAAGGAGUGGAAAGGGGUUUAUGGGAUGGUAAAAGGCACAUAUAGGAACAUUUCCCUCAUCUGA